AUGGAUGAUGAAAAAAUUGAAACAUCUAAGGCCAACGAAACUGUCGUUCGAUACAGUACGACCGCCGAUGGAUUAAACAUGAAGUUUGUCUCUCUCGCCAGCCACAAAUUGGUUCCAUCCAAGUUUGAAGAUUUGUUUAAAGAAGACGGAAAGCAGGCUAAACAGUUAGCCAUAGAGUAUACAGCAGAAAAGGCUCCCUCCAUCAUCGCAGACGGCAGAAAAGAGCAUGACACAAGCGCUCCACGGCCCACAAAAAUUGUUUCCGCAUUGGGUUCAGAAGAGGAAGUUUAUUCAGUUGGUGCUGACUGUGGUAUGUUUGCUGCCGUUUUCACUGCCUAUUCUCAUCACUAUAGGCUUAGGACAUCGCCAGAUGAUUGGUGGUUCUGUGUUAUCAAGAGGGUUGCCUGUGCUAUCGAUGAAAACUCUUCGAAAGCCUCGGUGCGCAACAUGUUUGUCGAUCACGAAGGAAAAAAAACAAUCGAAGUACAGAUUAAGGAUCCCACUAUCUACACCGUGGAUUACAACUUUCUGUUCGAUCAAAUAACAAAACAGUUAAAAGAAAACUUAAAAGUGCCCGAGUUUGUUGAUGGAGUCACCGCAGAUUUUGGAACCACCUCAGCUGUACAGAAGAUCGUCUCGCAGAUUACGCUGAUGUAUUCUGUUAAACAAUAUUUCGACUUUGGAAUGGUUACCAUGUGUGGAAUACCAGCGGUGGAGAUGCUUGGCAGUGAAGAUGACUGGAUGAAAUUGAGUUCUAAGCUGAAAGUUUUAAGAACACUCUUAGAACCUAUAGAGAAUGAUCUUGGCCUUUCAUCAAAAUGGUGGGAUCUGGUUCAGAAAGUGUUCUGGAAUCUGCAAACCACCUAUCAGGGACACCCAGAUGAAGAUUGGUGGAGUCAUAUUAUGAGCUAUCAAGAAGCUUAUGAGUCGGGUAUGUAUUGUUCAAUCAAUUUAUACGAUUGUAAUACAAAAAGCAAAAAAAUAAAUGAAUAAAUAAACUACCGAGGGUGUUAAAAGUAUAACAGCCACAUGAAAAGCUUAGAUAACGCUAAGGAAGCAAGAAUUUACGCUAGUUACGAAACUGCUAGAAAAGUCUUGAGAGAAUUGUCCGUAGACUUGCCAAACGCUGAUGCGCCUGUAAACGGCUUGUUUUACACAAAAAGGAUUGACCGUUUUCAUUUUAUUGUAGUCUUUUUAUCCACAAACGAUAUAUACUUCUGGUUCAACUAGGGAUUAACAGAUGUUUACCAAAACAUAUCACAGCUCAGUAAGCUGAUCACCAGCAGCAGUUUCUAGAACGUCGAAAAAGUUCUUUAAUAAUGGAAAUUCAUCAUUAUUUUGAAAGAACGGUCUUUGUGAAGAGUUCGUAUAAUCAUAGUCAGCGCGAGUAGGCUAUCCAAAGCUCUUUUAUUUGAGCUUGUAAGUCAGGUUUAAUGAAGUCUGUCCUAGUUUACAGUCAACUCUCGCGCUGCAUACACCCCGCUACAACGGACCGUCCCGAUAAUAGGGACAGCGGCUAAAUCCCCGGCAAAAACAAAUUUCAGACUUUUGGCUUAAAUAAACUCUCGUUAUUACGGUCUCUCGCUUAUGAGGACACUAACUAAGUCCCCGCAGUGUCCGCAAUAUAAGGGAGAUGACUGUACUUCGUCUGAUCUAGAGACUACAUAUUCACGAAAUUAAGCAAACAAAAAUAAUUUACUGAUUUUGUUUUGUUUCUCAGGAACUCCCGCUGGCGGUAUCAGGGGAUGGAUCACAGAUUUCUUGGAGGGACUGCAAUAUGAAAGGGAACUGUUGGGGCCUGAAGACUUUACAAGUGGCUUAGUGGCCGUUCCUUUCACUAUCAAGAACUUUUUUGGUGUCCAGGAUACCGCGGCAUUGGUGGCAGGAAUGCUGGGCUUCACUGUUCACAGGAUACCCAACUGUGAUGAGGUGUCUGUACAACCAUUCCAAGGAUGGUCUCUUAUGUUGUCCGAUGAUUCGCCUUUUUGCAAAUUCUGAACAAACCACUUUCAUUGGCGUUAUAAAUUAGUUUAGAAAUAAUACUUAACUACAAGGAGAGUUAAAAGUGUUUCAGUACUGUAAAAUAACGCAUUCAAAAUUUUUUUCAUGCAAAUGUGGGCUCGAUAUUUUUAUUUUAAACGUAGCUAGUGAAAAUUGCAGCCAUUUAAGUGAAAGCCGCGCAAGCCAAAAUGCAGGUUUCUUGAGCGCGGAAAAAGCCCCAAAAUCACACUACACAGAAAAAAAAGGAAAAGAAAAUAAAAAGAAAGCAAAGAGAAAUGAAGGUGAAAAACAUAAUAGUCCAUGUCUUGGUUUUUUUGUUUUCUGUUUUUGUUUUUGCUUUGUGUUUUUUGUUUUUGUUUUUUUUUCAUUGCCUAUACUUUGGAGACGGUUUUCACCACAGUGGGCCAACAAUGAUUCGCACUAUUUCGUGGAAAAGUCAGACUGGAAUUCCUAAAAUUCGGCCUUUGAAAAUCAGUAGUCAUUUGACCAAACUGCGGCAAAAUCACGAGAUUAUUUUAGUCUGAAAAGCCCGACGGGAUAGGAAAUAUCGAGUGAUGAGAAGAGAGAAAAACAAAAACAAAAAAUCAGUGUUGCACUCGUUUUUUUUAUACUGUCUACUUUGAGGAUAGUGUUUCAACGAAAAAAUCAGCUUAAGCGAAAAAAUUCAGCUGAGAAUGCAUGCGUAAUUUAAACUACUUGCAGGCAUCUCCUCUUUCCUUUGAGAGGCUUUUGAAAGUUUUUGUGGCACAUUCUGUUUAUGACAAAUACACUCAGCUUAAAUAAUAUUAAUAUUUACAACAAUUAGUUAAUAGCGGCUAGAGCAGUCAAGAAGUAGGGAGAAACACUCGACUACAUUGCGAGUUUGCCCGUAUAUUUCCUUCAUGCUCUAGCCGUUUCCUGCGUGCUUUACAACUUAGUCAACAAACAGAACAGAGCACAGACAGUCAAGGUUUAUUUAUUUGUUAAACUUUUCGUAUUACUCAUUACUUUCCGAAUUAACGCGUCAUUAAAGUUAGUUAAUGUCUCUGUUCCUUCGCGAUGCAUGUUAAACGCAUAACUAAAUUAUAAAAACAAAUAAUGACAAGUUGGCGUUAAUGGGGGAGCACUGCCUUGUAGCCUAAUGCGACUUCCGGCGAUGGCGUGACCAAAGAACCUCACUUAUCUCCCCAGCACUACGAGCUGAAUGCAAUACAGCACGUGCUGGAUCGGACAAGAGUAUCGGUUUGCAACGCGGCCAACAAGCUUGGGGGAAGUCGCUGCGCAGACUUAACCGCACGACGCAGGAGUAUCCCUAGUUUAUUUCACCGCAUAGCACAAAACAAAGCCCAAACCUCGUCUCCAAAGGGAGGGAGGAAGGGAAAAAUUUUACAAGAAUCGUAUACUGAGCGCUAACCGUUGCUGAAUAACAGAAGCCAAGUGAACUCUGAACACUUGUUCUAGGCUUUUAUAGCUAGGCAAACGUCUGCUGGCAUAGCCAGUAGAAAAGGCUGUACUACAAGACAGCUCAGAGUUGCACGUGCGAACUCUUAGCCAUGAAUAGUGCAUUGAAAAAGUUGGCCAAUGCUGUGGAUCGUACUAGCAUGCUAAAUACAACAAGGCCGUAAAGUUCUACGCUAGAAUACAAUGUAUCUUAGAGCUUGCUGACCUUAGCAGCUUGACUACACAACUGCUUUAUUGAAAAGGAACCGCCAUGAGAGGGUUACUGAUAACUGGCGUCACGUUCCAUUAACCACAUUUUACUUUCGUGACAGUAAAAUAGCUUUAAUUAUCACAAGAGCUUUUCAUAACAGAGAUUAAGUCACAGUUCAACUGGGGUAUCACAAUGCUGGUCGUAAAUACAGCUGAUCGCUUACUAAAAAGCAAAUUCGCACUGUUUCAAACUUCAUCGAUCUUAUUAUUCAAUUUCAUUUAAUUUGUCAAAUGUUGGAGAAAUUUUCCGGUGUUGAAUCCGAAAAAACCAUAUCUAAAUUUAGAAAAAGAAAAAGAGAAUUUUUGUGUUUUGUUCAACCACUUCAUUAAGCGAGCGCGUGAAGUUAGGAAGUUUCAUGUCACAGUCGUGCAACGACGGCUACGAAAUGUUCAAAAAAGUGUGAUGGACGUGCAAAACAACCUAUUGUUUUUUUGCCUUUUUGUAGCCGUCGCCGUCGUUGUUGCUAAAGCUCCCUAUCGUCCUUGAUCCAGAUAUUUUACGACCAUGGUAACGUCGGUAACGUGACGUCAGCCUUUGCAAAAAGCGCAUUAUCUUAUGGUAUCAUUAAGAUCCGAUAUUCAAACUAACGUUACGAUAUGAUUUUCUUUGUUUUUUUCUUUAUGAAUUAUGAAUACUUGUGCAUUCUUAUGCAGUCUAUUACAGUUUUAAUUAAAAACAGCUGACUCUGAGUGUUUUUAAUAACACCUCCCUUUUUUCUCUUCGGUAUCACUGACGCGAAUGUUUUGAGAAGUUUCCUCAUUGUCCGUGGACAGUUUCUUCUCAAGCAUUUUUUCAGCUAGGUUGUAUAAGGCUUCCUUGAUGUUGAUAUUCUCUUCGGCACUUACUUCAAAGAACUGGGCACCGUGCUCUUUGGCCAGCUAAAGCAGAAAAGCAAGCAAAGAAAAAAACAGCUAUUAAAACUUUUCUCCACAUUUUCAUUACUAUAUAUUGUGGUACUUUAUUUAGGUUUCUACGAAUGGCAUCCGCUUAUUAUCCCAACAUCACAACUGACAUGGGCACCCACAGGUAAGUACAAUUAACAAUUAUUCGCCGAAGGCGAAGUUAAUAUUGUUGAAUAAUCCCCGAGACGAAGUCGAGGGGAUUAUUCAACAAUAUUAACUGAGCCUGAGGUGAAUAAUUGUUUUAGUAUAUUCACACGAAGUGAUCUCAACGGAAUCAGAAGGGAAACCGUUAAAAAACGAUUAGUUUGAUUGACGGGUGAAUUCAUGCGUGAACACGAAGCCGUAAACAGUGGAUGCGCAAAAGUUAGAUCUUUACAGUAUCUUCAAACAUGGCAAAUGAUAGUUUUAAUCCUUUUGUAUCGAGUUUUGUAAGCUUUAGCAUCAACGGUUUAAAAGAAAACGCCGAAAAUUUAAAUUACUACCCAAUUCUGAGAAGAAAAGUAUCUAGAGCUUUAUUUGUUUCUGUCAACUCACCGUGAAUGAGAAAGUUUUCUUCGUCGCUUCUUACAAAUGCUGUCAACAGCGGCUGCGAUCAAGGUGAGCGUUGUUUAUCUCCAAAGUUCUUUGCCUUGUUAACUUGCUGGCACGUACAAUUUUCGAAAAUAUUUGCCUUCCUCUCUUCUCCAUAAAUUAACUUCUAUUUAUAGGCAAAAUUGGUCUUGCGAGAAAAUCUCGAAAUCACAAAACAGUGACAAAGCGACCUCGUUUUCCUCUGUAGUGGUAAACAUAGCUUCGAGCGUACAAAAAGUCAGCUAAAGUAAACCACUUCACAAUAAAUCACGCUGUUUAAACACCAUGAAGUCUUUUCUUGCCUUCAAAGUCAUCAGCACUUGGAUAUUCGUCUAUUUUCAAAAAGGUUCUACUUUGAAACUUUGGCAAAACACCCAGUUCACGACAGCGAUUUUGUUCGGCUUUAUAUUCACCGCCUAGCGCGGUGAAUAUAACGUCAUAGUCCGAGAUAGCUAACCAAUCAGAUUGCUUGAAUUACCAAGAUCACUGAGUGUGUAUAUACUAAUAAGGGUUAACAAAGACAUGGCAAUGUCCAGGGGACACGGUUUCUCGGAAGUCCGGGUAACUUUUCGGGCCCUAAGUCAAAUAUUCAAAUCAAAAUAUAAAGAAUAAGAGCGCUGGUCCUGGCUAGCAAACUACUCCAUUUUGUUUCAUUAACUGAUAGUUUUGUCAUGGUAGAUGUAAAACUAUUGAAACCUCGAUCUCUAAUGUAAACGGAGUCAGCUUACCGGGCCCGUUAAUUAUCGGGACUUUCGAGAAACGGGCCCCAGGCCCCAGUUGCUUUAAAAGUUGGAUAUAGCGUUAUCCAGUGGAUAAGUAUUAAAGGGAAACCAAUUGCGUUAUCCACCGGUUAGAGAUUUAGCCGGUGGAUUGCGUUACCCACCUUUUGAAUAACUGGGGCCAGGACUGGAAAAAGAAACAAGGGGAAUGUGCCUGAGAUUCAGAAAAUGCAGCGAAGAAGUAAAUGUGUUGAAACAACUUGAUUGCUGGUCCUGUUCUCAACAAGGGCAAACAGUGAUUAUGAUAAUGAUGAUGGUAUUUACCUGUAACCAGGUUUCACUCUACCCUUUUUUCCUCCAGAAAGCCCAAGAUUACCAUUUAGGAGACCACAGAUUUGUUGCAUCUGAUUUGGUGGACCUACUGUGAAGUGUCUUACACUUCAGUCAACUCACCUCCUCCCCGUUUUCCUUGCUAACAAUUCUUCUAUCUUCCAUAUGACAUCUGCUACCAAGGAUCAUCUUUUCUGCAUCUUCAUUUGCAUGCUAAAAUAGAGUGGGGAAAAAGAAUUAAAGGGUGAUCCUCAAGACUUUCUCUGUCCCAUAAAAACAAUUGUGUGCUUGACAGAAUAAAUAAAAUUUGCAACACUUAGGUUUUAUUGCGUUUGACGUUUGGACAACGCAACUCCCUAUGUGGUACUUGGGUAUCCUGUGGUACUAAGGGGUGACCUUGUGAUGUCGUACAUACGGAGUUAUUUGAGUUCGGCGAGGGAAUAAAAUGUGCAGCUGUUUUCGAACUGGGUUUUAUCGCUGAGCUGGCGAUUCUGUCCUUCCUUUCUCUGUCUCACUUCAUGCUUUUCGAAGGGGCAUGUUUAACUUUUUACAAAAUAAAGCUUUCUAGGAUCUACCUCUCAUCUAUCAGGAUCUGAUAAUUGACCAUACUCGAGGGUGGAUAAAGACAUUUCUAACAUGAUUUUGAAACAUACAGUUUGAAAGUAAAGAUAAGAAAACUAGUGAGGUUGUUAUCACCAGAGAGAUAUUCAUAGUGAUUGCAAGCUGAGAUUCUAUAAUGUGCCAGCUUCUACAAGCGAAAAUUGUACUGCAAGCAAAGCUCCGGGUUACACUCUAUUGUAAAAAAAGAUCUUCAACUGCAAUCAAACGUCAAGAACGUCCACAGGACCGAAGCAACCCUGAAAGACGAUGGCUCUCACAGAGACCAGUUUUGGCCAAUUAAGUCUUAUAUUUUGUACUUCUGGAGCUGAGAGUUAUCAAGAAGAACACUGGAGACCUAUUUGGCAGUGUGCGUGUUUCGGUUGAGACGAUCUAAUUUAUAUGACAAGACCGUCAAAAGAAGAAAGAAUUGAAAUCUGUUGUAAAAGAAGUGUUUUGAAACUGGAAGAAGACCUAGAUUUCAUCAGUGAUGGCAAGCUAUCAAACAAUGACGGUGAGCUAUAUCAAGCUUGAGAUGUUUGUGCAAUAUUGUUAAGUGCUAUGUUAUAAAAUCUACCUAUUGUAGCCUUUAUUAUUGAUUUAACUUAACUCAUUUAUGUAGCCUUAUGCAAAUAGUACAUGAGUCUUCCGACCCACAUUUUUAAACGCCGGUUUACAAUUACUAAAGAUGAUCAUGGGAUUGUUAGUCGAUUGACAAAAUUCAUGUGGUACGAAAAGAUGAAAUGCUUAGAAAAACGAGCAUUAUUGAUAACUUUCCCCCAUUUAGGCGAAAAAACGAGUAAUUUUUCCUGUAGAUUCGACUGAGAUCAUUGCUUGCAAAUUGCUCCGCGGAAGUGUCUUUAAUUUGAUACUCUUUAAGGGAACCCCAAAUAAUUUCUUUUUUUUUUUUCCAUCAAAUUCUUAGAGUUUAGUUAUAUUAUUUCUUUCGUAUGUUGGGAAUAGGAAAAUGAAAUUUGUGAUAUUUCUUGUACUGCUUACAAUGGAAUGAAACAAAAAAAUGAAACGAGAACGAAAAGUCUUAUGGAUUGCCAAGGUUAUGAGAGCCUUAACUGUACCUCUUCUAUGUUCCGUAGCCACUUUGAAAUGUUUUCAAAUAUCUUCUCCUGGGUUAUAUCGUAUACAAGUAUAAUGCCCUGCAAAAAUCAAAAACAUGUUUUUAAAUGAUGCCUGAUGCUGAAUUGAAAGGGUAUUAAAUUAAUAUGUUUUAAGUAAGUUACGGUGAGACUGAUGUUCUUUUUAUUCUAACUUCUGAGUUUUGAAUGAUUCUAUAAAGUAAGGUGUUUCUUCGAGCAAAAGAAACUGAAUAUCUCACAAAGUAAAUAAUUCCACUAACCAUUGCUCCGCUAUAAUACUCCGUUGUCAUUUCAUCGAAGCGUCCUUGGCCAGCUGUAUCCCUACAACAACAACAACACUGCCUUCUCAACACGGGGCAAAUAAGGUUUUCAGAAAAAAAAGGACUGAAACAUAGGCAGCAAGGAGGACGUUUUGGUGGUGGUGUACUAAUUGCCACCAAAGGAUGUAAUAAGGCUUCCCCGAAGGAAGACGUCGCCUGCGAAUCUAAAUUAUUGUUUAUCGAUGUAUGAACUACGAAUUACAGGAAAAUAGCUAUCGCAGUAUUUUAUCGGCCGCCCAAUAGUAACCUAAAAGUUUUCAAGAACUCCAAAAUUCCUCUCAGUAACAUCACCACAGACAUGAUAUUAAUCAGAGAUUUUAAUUUAAGUGAAUUUAACUGGCCAUGGGCCAACCGAAUCGAUCACUAGCUGGUGCUCGGAGCAACAUACACUACUCUUGCACAUAUUAUAUAAUUCAGGACAACUUCUUGCAUGUAGUGGACGAACCUACGAGGGAUCAAAACAUACUGGACCUUGUUUUAACUACUAACGUUGACUUGUUGAUGGACAAUGUUGUGGUAGGUGAACCCUUUUCUGCUCACAAUUCCAUGUAUCACCUUCACCCUAAAGAGUGCGCCCUACAUGUCUGAAAAAAAAGGUGGGAAGAGGCAAUUUUGAGGGGUUUUCGAGCCUGUAAGAGUGUUUUAUCGGGCUUCUGAUGAAAGAUCGUAGUUAAACAAACCGUUUCCCAGCUUUUAGGAGUGCGGUUUUGAACGUGUUUGAAUAAUUCGCUCGAAACGGAUAAAAUACACCAGAAAUUGUGGCAUCUUUCGAAGGAUAACAUAACUUCAAACAAGACUCACGUCUGAAAACAGUUAAGGGAAGCAACGAGCUCGAGAGGGACGUUUUGUUAUACUACUACAUGAGAAAUUUCUGCAAUUUGAUCGGCUUAGAGCAGUGGUAUUUCCGCUUAAUUUGAAAUACCUACAUGUGAAAAUUACAAAUCUUUUGUGGGUAGUUUUUCCAACUCCCGAUAACUCGAACUUUUUUCGAUUUCCCUUGAAGGUUCGAGUUAUCGGCAGUCGACCGUAACCACAUCACAACUUGACAAGAGCACAUUACGUCACUGUGAAACCUCAACGCCAAACUGACCAAACCACAUAAGAACGUUAACGUUGUGGCUUCCCAUACGCAUGAUGGCAAGGCAGAAUGAGGAAGCAUUGAUAGUUAGUCAGCCGAGUGGUCGAUAUCGUUGUACGCCGACACAUAGCACCGCUCUCGGUGGUUAAAGCUAGAUUGCUGAUCGCAAUCAGUUCUCAAGCAAAAGCAAUGGGAAAUUCUAACAACAAACCGAUCGCGAUGGAUGAUGAAAAAAUUGAAACAUCUAAGGCCAACGAAACUGUCGUUCGAUACAGUACGACCGCCGAUGGAUUAAACAUGAAGUUUGUCUCUCUCGCCAGCCACAAACUGGUUCCAUCCAAUUUUGAAGAUUUGUUUAAGGAAGACGGAAAGCAGGCUAAACAGUUAGCCAUAGAGUAUACAGCAGAAAAGGCACUCUCCAUCAUCGCAGACGGCAGAAAAGAGCACGAAACAAGCGCUCCACGGCCCACAAAAAUUGUUUCCGCAUUGGGUUCAGAAGAGGAAGUUUAUUCAGUCUUUGCUGACUGUGGUAUGUUUGCUGCCGUUUUCACUGCCUAUUCUCAUCACUAUAGGCUUAGGACAUCGCCAGAUGAUUGGUGGUUCUGUGUUAUCAAAAAAAGAGGGUUGCCUGUGCUAUCGAUGAAAACUCUUCGACAGCCUCAGUGCGCAACUUGUUUGUCGAUCAUGAAGGAAAGAAAACAAUCGAAGUAACGGUUCCGGAUCCCACCAUCUACACCGUGGAUUACAACUUUCUGUUCGAUCAAAUAGCAAAACAGUUAAAAGAAAACUUAAAAGUGCCCGAAUUUGUUGAUGGAGUCACCGCAGAUUUUGGAACCACCUCAGCUGUACAGAAGAUCGUCUCGCAGAUUACGCUGAUGUAUUCUGUUAAACAAUAUUUCGACUAUUUCGGAGACAUGACCAAAUGUGGAAUACCAUCGGUGGAGAUGCUUGGCAGUGAAGAUGACUGGAUGAAAUUGAGUUCUAAGCUGAAAGUUUUAAGAACACUCUUAGAACCUAUAGAGAAUGAUCUUGGCCUUUCAUCAAAAUGGUGGGAUCUGGUUCAGAAAGUGUUCUGGAAUCUGCAAACCACCUAUCAGGGACACCCAGAUGAAGAUUGGUGGAGUCAUAUUAUGAGCUAUCAAGAAGCUUAUGAGUCGGGUAUGUAUUGUUCAAUCAAUUUAUACGAUUGCAAUGCAAAAACCGAAAAAGAAAAACUACCGAAGUUGUUAAAAGUAUCAAAACCACAUGAAAAGCUUAGAUAACGCUAAGGAAGUAAGAAUUUAUGCUAGCUACGAAACUGGUAGAAAAGUCUUGAGAGAAUUGUCCAUAGACUUGCCAAACGCUGAUGGGCUUGUAAACGGCUUGUUUUACACAAAAAGGAUUGACUGUUUUCAUUUUAUUGUAGUCUUUUUAUCCACAAACGAUAUAUACUUCUGGUUCAACUAGGGAUUAACAGGUGUUUACCAAAACAUAUCACAGCUCAGUAAGCUGAUCACAAGCAGCAGUUUCUAGAACGUCGAAAAAGUUCUUUAAUGGAAAUUCAUCAUUAUUUUGGAAGAACGGUCUUUGUGAAGAGUUCGUAUAAUCACAGUCAGCGCGAGUAGGCUAUCCAAAGCUCUUUUAUUUGAGAUUGUAAGUCAGGCUUAAUGAAGUUUGUCCUAGUUUACAGUCAACUCUUGCCUUGCAUACACCCCGCUACAACAGACCUUCCCGAUAAUAGGAACAGCGGCUAAAUCCCCGGCAAAAACAAAUUUCAGUCUUUUGGUUUAAAUAAACUCUCGUUAUUACGGACUCUCGCUUAUGAGGACACUAACUCGAGGUCCCCGCAGUGUCCGCAAUACAAGGGAGUUGACUGUACUUCGUCUGAUCUAGAGAGUACAUAUUCACGAAAUUAAGCAAACAAAAAUAAUUUACUGAUUUUGUUUUGUUUCUCAGGA